UUGUAUUUUUUGUAUUCUUUUGGUGGUAUUGAUCAGACGUUGGAUGAUUCAGAGUGAUUUAGAUAGUAAGCUUCAAAGUUUGACAAAUCCUUUAAAAUAGUAGAUAAAUAAAUAAGUUACAAUGUACAAAUUAAGCAAUAUUAUAGUAUUUUUGGUGUGCGUUUGGGGCGUACGAUGCCUGGAGAGAGAGAUGACUGUAUUUAUUCAACCUGGAAAAGAGGAUUGCUUUUAUCAGAACGUUUUGGAGAACGAGAAAAUUGAAAUAGAAUAUCAGGUGAUAGACGGUGGAUUUGGUGAAUUGGAUAUUACAUUUAAUCUUGCUGAUCCAACAGGAAGGAUUCUGAGCUCUGAUUACAAGAAGGCUGAGAACAAUCACAGGGUUGAGGCAAAGAUGACGGGAGAUUACAAGUUCUGUUUCGAUAACAGUUUCAGUGUUGUUACCACAAAGACCAUAUUCUUUGAGCUAGUUGUUGAGAAGGACGGAGAUGAUGAUGAUGAGUGGAAUGACGAGAACGCAGAGCAAUUACCUGAAGAAGUAUUAGAGAUCACUGUCGAUGAGAUCAAUGAAUCUAUUAACAAAGUCAGACAGAACCUGAAGAACAUCAAGCAUCUGCAGGACACCAUAAAAAACUCGGAGGCGCGCGACAGGAACGUGGCGGAGGAUAACUACUUGAAAGUCAACUAUUUCUCGUCGAUGCAUCUGUUCGUGAUGGUCUCCGUCUCGAUAAUCCAGGUGCUCGUGUUGAAGAGUCUGUUCGACGCAAAAUUUACCUACCACAAACUGGUCACGUUCAAAAUGUUCAUGUCGCAGAAAUCAAACAGAUAAUACUAAAUCAGUGUUUUUAUUUAAACAGCAUUGAACCAAAUAAUUGCCAUAAUAAUAAUAAAUUAA